CUCGCUAGCAGGCUGUUUGCUCUGUAGAGGCUCAUCUCGGGCGAUGCUCCUGCUCUGGGCCCUGCUGGCCCUCGGAUGCCUGCGGUGUGGCUGGACUGUGAACCUCCAGCCCCAAUUGGCCAGUGUGACCUUUGCCACCAACAACCCUACCCUCACCACCGUGGCCUUGGAGAAGCCUCUGUGCAUGUUCGAUAGCUCAGAGCCGCUCAGUGGUGCUUAUGAGGUUUACCUUUAUGCCAUGGUAGACUCAGCCAUCUCCAGGAAUGUGUCUGUGCAGGACAGCGCAGGCGCUCCGCUGAGCACCACGUUCCGGCAAACCCAGGGUGGGAGGUCUGGCCCCUAUAAAGCUGCGGCCUUUGACCUGAUCCCUUGUGGUGAUUUGCCCAGCCUGGAUGCUGUUGGAGAUGUGACCCAGGCCUCAGAGAUCCUGAAUGCUUAUCUAGUCAGGGUGGGCAACAACGGGACCUGUUUUUGGGACCCCAACUUCCAGGGCCUCUGCAACCCACCCCUGACAGCAGCCACUGAGUACAGGUUCAAAUAUGUCCUGGUCAACAUGUCCACAGGCUUGGUGCAGGACCAGACACUAUGGUCGGAUCCCAUCCGGACCAACCGGCCCUCUCCUUACUUGGCCAUUGACACGUGGCCCGGCCGUCGGAGCGGAGGCAUGAUUGUCAUUACAUCCAUUCUGGGCUCCCUGCCCUUCUUCCUGCUCGUGGGUUUCGCUGGAGCCAUCAUCCUCAGCUUUGUGGACAUGGGCAGUUCUGAUGGAGAAACAACACACGACUCGCAGAUCACCCAGGAGGCUGUCCCCAAGACCCUGGGGGCCUCUGAACCUUCCUACUCAUCUGUGAACCGGGCCCCACCCCUAGACAGAGCAGAGGUGUUCUCCAGCAAGCUCCAAGACUGAAAUGAUCCUUGGCCCCAAGCCAUCAGCCCUGACCUGUGGUUGGCAGCAAUGGCAUUUAUGCUCAGACUGGGCCAGAUGUGAAAUAAGACAUCUUGGUUCAAUGUCAUGAAAACGCUAAAUAAAAUCUUAAGUAUUAA